AAACAAACAACCCUGACUUGAUAAUUUCAGAUAAUUACCUAAUCUUUUAAAAGAAGCCUAAAAAAUGCUCUGAGAUUCGGACAAAAACUGGAAAAUGUCCCGAAAUAUCUAGAAAUAUCUCGAAUAUCCCAGAAAUAUCCGGAAAUAUCUGGAAUAUCCUAGAAAUAUCUGGAAAUUACUGGACACAUCUGGAAACUAAAAUGGCUGUUCUGGAUAAAAGUGAUGACAGUGUUAAAGGCGGCAGCCUGGAUGGAGACAAUGAAGGAGGAUGCAAUGCUAAAACUCCCGUUUCCUUACUUCAAGAAUUAUAUGUUAGGCGUGGUAUUACCCCUAAAUAUGAUCUGGUUCAGAUAGAAGGAGCUGUUCAUGAACCAACAUUCAAAUAUAGAGUUACAAUUGGAGAGUUUGUGGCAACAGGUUGCGGUCAGAGCAAGAAGAAAGCUAAACACUCGGCUGCAAAGUCGAUCCUAGACAAAUUGUUGGGAGCCCAGAAUGCAGGCAUAGCUCCCCCUGGUCAACCUACUAUUCCUGAUCUUGCACAGGACAUUUUCUCUCCUUAUGAUGACGGAAUUGAGGGUAACCCCGUUGGUAUUCUUCAAGAGCUGUGUAUGUCAAGGAGAUGGCCUCCUCCAACCUAUGAACUAAAUCACGAGGAAGGGUUGCCUCACGAAAGAAGCUUCGUCAUGAUCUGUAUUAUCAACAAACAUAGGGAAACUGGACAUGGCAAAUCUAAGAAGCUUGCUAAACGACAGGCUGCUAACCGUAUGAUAAAGAAGCUACAGAUGCUACCCUCAGAUAAUGAAGACGGAAACCAGAAUAUUGACGAGGACGAUUUGGCGCAGGUUAGUGGAGAUAUCACUCUGACGAGCAGAAACCUAGCGGAGAUAAUUAUAAUUGAAGCGCAGUGACACCUAGCGGAGAUA